AGUAAAGUGACCAUAAACACAGGUCAGCUGACAUAAUUUUUAUCAUUGGUCUUGUGAUAGUGGAAAUACGCCGCCAUUCUCAGAUCGUCUUUUCCAUCUAAAUUGUCCUGUAAUAGAAUAAGUCAUUCAAAAUGUCGAAGGGCGGUUUAAAGACGAUCGCCGACGAGGAGAAUGAGGAGAGAUUCGGUUAUGUCUUUGCCGUGUCCGGUCCCGUCGUUACGGCGGAGAAGAUGUCUGGGUCGGCCAUGUACGAGCUGGUGCGUGUGGGGUACAAUGAGUUGGUCGGAGAGAUCAUCCGUCUUGAGGGUGACAUGGCCACCAUUCAGGUAUACGAGGAGACAUCAGGUGUGACAGUGGGAGACCCCGUGCUGCGUACCGGCAAGCCCCUGUCCGUGGAGCUGGGACCGGGUAUCAUGGGCUCCAUCUUUGACGGUAUCCAGCGUCCCCUGAAGGACAUCAACGAGCUGACACAGUCCAUCUACAUCCCCAAGGGUGUGAACGUGCCCUGCCUCGCUCGUGAGAUCGACUGGGAGUUCAACCCGGAGUAUGUGAAAGUCGGAUCACACAUCACAGGUGGUGACCGUUACGGUAUCGUCCACGAGAACACCUUGGUCAAGCACCGCAUGCUGAUGCCACCCAAGGCCAAGGGUACAGUCACCUACAUCGCCCCGGCUGGCAACUACAAAGUCACUGACACGGUUCUGGAGACGGAGUUCGACGGGGAGCGCACCAAGUACAGCAUGUUGCAAGUGUGGCCGGUGCGUCAGCCGCGACCUGUCACUGAGAAGCUGCCCGCCAACCACCCGCUGUUGACCGGACAGCGUGUGCUCGACUCGCUUUUCCCCUGCGUCCAGGGCGGUACCACGGCCAUCCCCGGAGCCUUCGGUUGCGGCAAGACUGUCAUCUCGCAGGCUCUGUCCAAGUACUCCAACUCUGACGUCAUUGUCUACGUCGGUUGCGGAGAGCGAGGUAACGAGAUGUCUGAAGUACUCCGGGACUUCCCCGAGCUGUCUGUGGAGAUUGACGGCGUCACGGAGUCCAUCAUGAAGCGUACCGCGCUCGUCGCCAACACCUCCAACAUGCCUGUAGCCGCCCGAGAGGCCUCCAUCUACACUGGUAUCACCCUAUCCGAGUACUUCCGUGACAUGGGUUACAACGUAUCCAUGAUGGCGGACUCCACGUCCCGUUGGGCCGAGGCGCUUCGUGAGAUCUCGGGUCGUCUCGCCGAGAUGCCCGCCGACUCGGGCUACCCCGCCUACCUGGGCGCCCGUCUCGCCUCCUUCUACGAGCGCGCCGGACGCGUCAAGUGUCUCGGUAACCCCGAGAGAGAAGGUUCCGUGUCCAUCGUCGGUGCCGUAUCACCCCCCGGUGGUGACUUCUCGGAUCCCGUCACCGCCGCCACCCUGGGUAUCGUGCAGGUGUUCUGGGGUCUCGACAAGAAGCUCGCCCAGAGGAAACACUUCCCCUCCAUCAACUGGCUCAUCUCUUACAGCAAGUACAUGCGUGCUUUGGAUGACUUCUAUGAGAAGAACUACCCCGAGUUCGUGCCACUCAGGACUAAGGUCAAGGAGAUUCUACAAGAAGAAGAGGAUCUGUCAGAAAUCGUGCAGCUGGUCGGUAAAGCGUCGCUGGCGGAGACCGACAAGAUUACCCUUGAAGUCGCUAAGCUCCUGAAGGACGACUUCCUACAACAGAACAGCUACUCCGCGUACGAUCGCUUCUGCCCCUUCUACAAGACCGUCGGCAUGUUACGUAACAUCAUCGCCUUCUAUGACAUGUCACGACACGCUGUCGAGAGCACCGCCCAGAGUGACAAUAAAGUGACAUGGAACGUCAUCCGCGACGCCAUGGCUAACGUACUGUACCAGCUCUCCUCGAUGAAGUUCAAGGACCCCGUAAAGGACGGCGAGGCGAAGAUCAAGGCAGACUUCGACCAGCUGCUGGAGGACAUGUCGGCGGCGUUCCGCAACAUCGAGGACUAAGUCCCCUGUCCCCCGCGUGUCGGCGCGUCGGGGCCGACACGCUGUCCGCUCGCGUGCGAGGUGUGCCGGGAUACGGAUAACUUGAUAGUCCGGAUAUUAUUAUCUGUGCGGAUAUUUAGCAUUGUCUAAUGUCUAUAUCUCUAUAACUAGUUACCGGAUACGGAUAAGUUAUCAAGUAUUUGUAUCCGGAUAUUAUAAAUAUCGAUUCGGAUAUUUGAUAGCGAACAUCUUUCUCUCGAUAACUUGUCAAAUAUCCGAGUGGAUAUAGCGUCUCCGGCACAUCACUAGAUAAUAAAUAUCGAUUUUAGUCGAUUCGUUAUAUGGAUUUAAUGAUGAUAUUAUAUUCCGAUGUUAGUAGUUAACGCGGGCGGAGUUGUAAAUAGCCGUCGCCCGACGUCUGCUAAGUUAGUCGUUAUUUAUAUACAGAUAUAUUUAUAUACACCGAUAUAAAUUCUCCAUAAUACCCUGUGCAUUCCAAGAUGAGAAGAGCAUUUGUCUCGCUUGAGGCGCGCCCCCGCGUCGCCCAGUAUUAUGUUGUUCGUACAAAUGUCGCAAUCGGUUUAACUCGACGUUACGUGUUGAUAGUGUUAUUAUUAAAUAAAUUUUAAACUGAU